AAUUCCUUAAAGCCCUCUCUAAACAACAUAACAAAAAAGGCGUUAAAAAAAUGUGGUCGUUAGUAGUACGCAAAGGCAGAACAAUGACAUGCCUUCUCUUCACUCAUUCACUUGUUCUGGCUUCUUCUAGCACUUUCUGUACCAUUUCCAAAUCCUCUCGCUCUUGCUCUAUCCACAACCAUCUUCCCAUCUCCAACCUCUCUUCUGCCUUUUUCCUCAACCCAAUUGCGAACUCUUCGGUCUUCGCCUUUUGUUCGAAGCCCGGAAGCGAAACGAGAGCUGGGUCGGUUCAAAGCAUGCAAAACCCCGAGUCCAUAUCGUACCUUACGCAGCGAGAAGCCGCCGAGAUCGAUGAGACCCUCAUGGGUCCUCUUGGGUUUAGCGUCGAUCAGUUAAUGGAAUUGGCUGGUUUGAGCGUGGCGGCUUCUAUAGCAGAGGUCUACAAAUCAAGCGAGUAUAGUCGCGUGCUUGCUAUUUGUGGCCCGGGGAACAAUGGCGGUGAUGGUCUUGUCGCUGCUCGUCACCUGUAUCACUUUGGAUAUAAACCGGUUAUUUGUUAUCCGAAGCGUACUCCCAAGCCUUUAUAUACUGGACUUGUUACUCAGCUGGAGUCACUCUCAGUUCCUUUCAUUUCGGUUGAAGAUUUGCCGUUAAACUUGUUAGAGGAAUUUGACAUUAUCGUUGAUGCAAUCUUCGGGUUCUCAUACCAUGGUUCCCCAAGGCCACCCUUUGACGGUCUUAUCCAAAUGCUCAUUUCUUUGCGUAAUUAUGACCAAACAUGCCAAAAAUCCCCUGUUAUUGUCUCAGUGGAUAUUCCAUCUGGGUGGCAUGUUGAAGAAGGAGAUGCUGGUGGUGAAGGCAUUAGACCGGACAUGUUGGUUUCUCUGACUGCUCCAAAGUUGUGUGCCAAAAAAUUUUCUGGCCCACACCACUUUUUGGGUGGCCGAUUUGUUCCCCCUUUCAUUGCCGAACAAUACAAACUUCAUCUUCCAUCAUAUCCUGGCACUUCUAUGUGUGUCCGUAUUGGAAAGCCUCAGAAAAUUGAUGUAUCUGCUCUGAGAGAGAACUACAUUUCUCCUGAGUUCCUUGAGGAACAGGUGGACUCUGACCCAAUUGAUCAGUUCCGUAAAUGGUUUGAGGAAGCGGUGGCUGCUGGAUCAAAAGAACCGAAUGCCAUGGCCUUAUCUACCGCUGGCAAGAAUGGAAAGCCUUCAUCGCGAAUGGUAUUGCUGAAAGGGUUUGAUGAGAAUGGUUUUGUCUGGUACACCAAUUAUGAGAGUCAAAAGGCUCAUGAAUUAUCAGAAAAUCCUCAUGCAUCACUUCUUUUCUACUGGGAUGGUCUAAAUCGGCAGGUAAGAGUGGAAGGAUCUGUUGAGAAAGUUUCUGAUGAGGAAUCUGAAAAAUACUUCCACAGCCGCCCACGAGGCAGUCAGCUUGGAGCAAUCGUUAGCAAGCAGAGUACUGUGGUAUCCGGAAGGAAUGCUCUGCGUGAACUAUACAAAAAGUUAGAGGAGAAAUACUCCGGCGGAAGUUUGAUUCCUAAACCUGAAAACUGGGGAGGAUACAGACUUAAGCCAGAGCUGUUUGAGUUUUGGCAAGGACAAACAUCUCGCUUGCAUGACAGGUUGCGAUACUCCCCUGAGGAGAGAAAUGGGCAACGAGUAUGGAGAAUUGAACGCUUGGCACCAUGACAAUUAUUUUCAGCAUCUUCAUUGUGAAGUUCGCUACUUAGGGGUGCGUACAUACCGGUCUCCAGGUACAAGAGACGCGAUGAAAUUGGUACAGGUGAAGAGGAGAAAACGUAUGUUAUUGGAUUAAUGUUUUAAAAGCAUUUCCAAGAACUUUGUUACAUAAUACUGCUACUGAUGAUGAUAGUUAUUUAGUGUUAAUAACAAUAAAUCUGUCCUUUGUGAAACUUACUUUUCCUUGAAAAAAAUCUGGUACGUAUGGACAUUUCCCCCUAGAAAAAGUAUGGGACAUCUUGUGCUAGCGAAUAUUAAUAUAAGAUUUUUUUCCUUUUCUUUUUCCUAUUCCUUUUUAUUUGUUCAUGAUGUAAUUAUCCUCUCCCUUUAAUAGUCAAGUCAUGCCAUUAUGUUCUCCUCUAAUCACUUCUAAU